GAUCGAAGUGUGACGGGCUUUGUGUUGCGCGAAAGACAGAAACUAUACAAUGAUAUCCUAAAGCAGUAGAGAAAUGUAUACCAAUAGAUCGAUUGGUAUUCAAUAUAACAACGUAAUUUAGAUGAAAGUUGGCUGUUCACUCACCAUUCACGGCGACGGCUGUUUCUACAUCGGGAUGGGAGGUAAAAGCGCGAAACCCAAGAUUCCCUCCUAUGAGCCCUACCAGUGCUGUCCCACCAAGCUCGGCCACGGCACCAAGGUCGCCAAGGUCACCAAAAUCGGCCCGAUUACCAAGGACAAGAGCAAAUUUCAAGGUACCGGCAGAACGGAUAAGCCACUACUGCCGGCUUUGAAGCCAAUAAACAAGCUUACGGCCAAGGAGAGCAAAAAAUCAGCGACGAUAUCGAGAAUCGACAACGACGCAAAGGAAUCCAAGUCCAAGGCAAAAAGGGGAUUUUUUGGAAGCGACGGGAAAGGAAAUAGUGAGCUCGAAGAUAGAUUUUUCUGAGGCCGAGCCACCCGGCACGGAGAAGGUUCGCCGCAGCGGAAAUAAGAUCACGGUCACCUGACUUUUCGUCCUCGUAUCUC